AGUAAGCCGAUUUUUAUGAAAAACAAAUUUUUUUUCUAUGAAAAAUAUUUAUCAAUAUUUAGAUAAUAGAUAAUAAUUAUUUUUUAUUUCGAUGCCUCGCAACAAGAAUCAUGAAAAUUUCACGGAUAAACAACGCGGUUACAAAAAGCGGAGAGAAAAUAUAGUUUCUUCGAAUGAAUUCGAAUAAAUUUUUCGAAUCGGCAAAAGAAUCGAGGGUGAAAAGACAGGCAGGAAAUUUGAAGAUAAAAUGAAUUUAAAAAAGCGAUGUUGAGAACAUGGAUAUCUUAAGCUGCUCGUAGUUAGAGAAAAAGAAAAACGAGAAUAUAAGGUUUUAAAACGUACGAUAUUUUGAAACCUACGAUGUUCGAAUUAGCAAGGGGGGAAUAACGAAAUGAGUUUUAAAUUUCAUCUUUUUUUUUCUGAACAAUUUUUUUUUUCAUCAACAUUUAAACACACUUUUCUUAAAUUUCUAUUCAAUGCAUCUCUUUAAAUUGAACGAAAUAGAUAACAAGAAAUGUAAUUUCGUAAUUUAAAAUUGGUAAAAGUGCUUCUUUCUGAAAUUUUCUAUAAUUACAUUUUUUUGUUUUAUCAUCACACGAUUUAUUGAUCAUAUUUAAUAAAUAUCGCGAUAUUCUGUAAGCAUUAAAGAGUAGCACGCUUCGUUUGGCACACAAUAUACAUCUGUUUCUUUAAAAUCGUGGUAAUAAUUUCCAACGAGAAGAUUUAUUUCGGUCACGAAAAUAUUAAAGAAACGAUCGUCGAGAUUAUUAAUUCGACGUAAAAAAAAAAAAAAACAAAAAAAAGCAAAAAAAAAAAACAAAAAAAAUUCGAAGGUUUUUGGAAACCAGAAGUUAUCCGCGUUCCUUCUUUUAACAGAUGAGAGAAAAAUAAUAGAAGAACGAACGUGAACAUAGAUAGGAAUACAUGGUAUGAAUAUGAAUAAAGAAAUAUGAGAAAAGAAUGGAUGGAUGGAUAUACAUAUGUAAUGUGAAAGCGUGUGUAUGUAUACGUGUGCAUUCUAUGUGUGAAAAAUGUGUAUGAAAAGUAAGAAAGGAGAGAAGGAAGAAAAAGGGUUAGAGUAAACGGAAACGAUAUAUUCUAAGCGUCGCGCGUCGUAAUAAUUAAUUAAGGAGGAAAAAAUAAAACUUAAAAAAAUAAUAAAUGAAACACACGACUGCACUGAAACGAUUCGAACGAACCAUGGAAAGUGGACUUAACUCUUUUAGAUUUAAAUUAAUUCGUUUGAUUAUUAAUCGAUGAAAGGAGAAUCUAACGUCAUAGAAAUAAGGAAUAAAAAAAAUAAAAGAAAAUAUUAGAGAGGUAAUAUUGAAAUUGAAACAAGUUUAGCCGAUUAAGGCGUAAAAUAAAAACUUUUGCAAUGUGGAGAACAAGAUGCCUGCGUCCUAAGUCCUCGAACAGUCAAGUCACAUCCGACGAUUUCCCGUUCGUUCGAGUCGAUCGAUAGAGUUAAGCUGUAUUUCGUUACUAUAUCGACAAAUAGAAAAACGUCAGAAGAAGCUUGGACCGGAGCUUGUUUCGUGCAAAUGCAACGGAUUCGAAGUCCGGUUAUUUCCAAAGAUCCGCUAAGAAACGUUCCAGACAUUUCUGUUAGUGUGUAAGCGUAGAGGGAAAAGUAUAGGGUUAAAAAAAAAAAAACAAGAGAGGAAGAAAAAAUGUUAAGUAAAAAAAAAAAAAAAGAAAAAGGAAAAAAAAAGAAAUAGAAAUAGGAAAUAAACUCGCGAGAAAAACGACUUGACUAUAGGACGCGUGUUUGUAGACAUGCAGAUCCUUACACGCUACAAGCACGCGUUUCAAGAAAAUAAUUAUUCGAAAAUAAUAUAUUAUCUCGUCGGAUAAUAUAUUAUUCUACUAUAUAAAAGAUAAUUUAUUACAUUAAAUAGCGUAUAUUAUUAUAUAAACAGCGAUGAAACGUUGCACCGCGACGAUCAGCAAUAAAAAGAAUUAAGAAGAAAAAUAAAAUGGAAAAAAAAAAGAAAACAAAUAAAAAGAUAUGGAAGAAAUCGUCGAAUCAUCUGUACUUCGGUUUCCCUCGUGUCGUUUUCGAAUCGUGGAACAUGUGCGAAAAAAAAAAAAGAAUAUGAAUCGCGAUGAAAAUGAACGAAAAGUUAAGUAAUGAAAAAUACGAAAUGAGAGGAAAACAGAGAAAUAUACGGAAACAGGUGAAGAAGUGCAAUGUUUUAUUGUUAUACCUAUAAUGGUAAUUAAUUCCACUUGCGCGAUGCACGGAACGCGCCACACGAGCAGUUAACUUCGAGAAAAAAAGUCUUCAUAAUAUUUGCAUAUUGCUUUAUUGUUGUACGAACAUUGUAACGAUUACAUUACAAUUAAAAGUACGGAAAUAUUAACCGAGCGAUAUCCAUCUAUUCUAUUGGCAAUUUUAAGACGUGCCUAUCAAGUCUGUAUAAUAUUUUACCUAUCGUAUUUAAAGGGCCACGAGGCUUGACCUUUCAUUUUUUGACUCUCAGUAUAUCUGCUUUAAGUUUUCGAUAAAUCGAUUUAAAUUAAAAGUUUUAAAAAUAGUAGUAUAUUAAUUUUUAAUUAAUUUGUGUUUUCUUAAAUUUAUUUAAUCUAUUUUCUAAUUUAAUCAAUUAAAAGAUAACUCGUACGAAAUUUCACGUGAAAAGAAUUUAAAAAUUUCAAAUAUAAAAUAUAAAGCAGCAUUUUUAUUUAUAUGAUUUUUAUCUUGUUCUCCUUGGUAUUAGUAUUUUUUUUUUCUAUUUUUUUUUUUUUUUAAAGGAGAGAUAAUAUGUAAUUACAAUAUAUGAAAAAAACGAAGAAAUUCAACAAUUCGAUAAAAGAAAUGGAGUCAGGAAAACGAUCCUCGUUUCCCUUCAUCUCGAACCCUUCUUAUAUAACUGCACUGGUUAUGUCCACGCAUUGAACUUUAUCGCUUCCCUGUGAAGAUACGUCUUAAAAUCGUCAUUGUGCGAUUCUAGCUAUUACAGGAAAUACGUUUAGAUAUUUACGAAAGCGAAGCAUUUUAAUUCAUAGGAAGAGAAAUGUUUUAGUUUUCCUUCUUUUUCUACAUUCUUUGUAUAUUCCCAAAUAACCAUUUAGAAAGACUAACUAGAUGUAUAAUCAUUAACAGGUUAAAAAGAAAAAAAAGAGAGAAUUAUUACGACUAAAUGUUCAUUUUACUGUUAAUCAACCAGAUUUUAUUGAAUCGAGCGCGGUAAUAUCAACGACAAUCAAUUAAAUUUGUCGUUGAUAAUGUAAUGAUGCGACUCGAUUUAUUUUUUGUUCGAUUUAUCCUUUUCCUUGUAUGCAAAAAAAAAUAUAUACAUAUAUAUAUAUAUAUAUAUAUAUAUAUAUAUAAAUAAUAUCAGAUAUGUAUACUGUAAGUAAUACCAGAUACUUACUAUGUAUUAUAAGAAAAAUAAUUUUAACACGAAAUUAUAAUUCAAAUUUAUUUCUAUUUGAAUUUUUUGAAUUAUUCAAACAGAAAAUUUUUUCACGAUUAAUUCACGAUACAAUAGUAUCGUAAUCCUUGUUUUCUUUUCUGCUUUUUAUUCCAUAAAAUUUAUUUAUCGAAUGAUGUCGAAGACUGUAAUCCAUAUGAAUCGAGUUGCAUCGUUUCAUGGAUAUUAUUAUCUCGUCGUAAAGAUAACGUAUAGUAAAACCUCGCAAAUCUGUCGACGUUGGUGAAGCAAUCCAACCGGUUUCUUAGAAACUAGAGAGGCAAAGGAUUGCGCCAAUAGAGAAGUACAAAUUAUUAAUGGAGAGAAAGAGAAAGAGAGAGAAAGAAAUGUGUGUAUGUGUGAGAAAGUGUGUGUGUAAAAGAAAGAAAGAGAGAAAGAAAAAAGAACCGUAAAAAUGCGAAUAAAAUCGAGAAUGAAAUAAUGUGACCAAUAACGAAUGAAAUGUAACGUCUGAUGUUUAGUUUCAUCGCUUUUUAUUCAUUACCUUUGAUUAUAUUAUUGCUUGUAAUAAUUCAUUCGAGAUACCUUGAAUACAAAAAGUAAUAAACAAUGUUAGCCUGUC